GUCUUGGGCGACAGCCCCAAGGAGGCCUCCCUCCGUGUCGCCAGAGAGACGCUCAUCUCGGAGACGCACGCCAUCAAGGAGAAGAUCGUGCGUGGCAAGCCGUUCGCUGGCCAGCUCCAUCACUACACGGAACGUGAGCGGCUGGAUGCCGCCAUUGCCGACACGGAGAAGGUCUUCGCGGGCCUCGAUGCGGACAUCCAGGAGUUGGAGGGCAGCUUGCAGGCGAUGGUGCCCGCGCUCGACCUUUCAGCGGAGGCGCUCGGGGACAUCCUCAAAGGACUCGGGGCGGAUGCCGCUCUGUCUGGCAGCGUCACCUCAUGCUUCGCCUCAUUGCGCGAGCUGGCCAACAAGAACCAGCAACAGCGUGAUGAAGCUCGAGACGACGGGACGCAGCCGCCUGCGGAGGCCAGGGGCAGUGCCGCUGGCCCCAGCAUGCCUACGCCCGAGCGGCAGGCGGAGGCCCAGGCGCGCGCAGUCCCCAUGGACACCGACGACAUCGAAGAAUUGCGCUCCUUCUUGCAGGCAUCUAUAG